CUUGAGCCCACAGAUUACGAAGGUGACGACGUCUCAUUUCUCACGCCUCAUAGGCCAUAGGUCAUAGGCCUCAAAGGUCUCACAGGAUAUUCCUAGUCUGGCCAGGAAUUAGUCGUUUAAUACGGGCAUAGCUAUUUCGCACCCAGAGCUGCUUGUCGAGGAUCAAAAGUCUUGACGCGAGAAGAUAAACGAGCAAGCAUGACGGAAAAUAAAGGCAGUGCUGUUCAGGACAAGGCGGUCCCCACUCUGGGAAUGAUCGGGGGAGGCAGUAUGGGAGGUGGUUGGAGUUUGAACGCUGCCGAGCAGGGGGACUCUGUCGCCAUCUACGACACCUCGGACGAUGCGUUGAACAAGGCCGUUGAUGACGGAGAGAACAUCGGAAUCCAUCUCAUUCGGGCUUCUUCCUUGGAGGACAUGGUGGCUUCGUUCGAUACCGGGAAGAACGGACCUAGGGUCUUUGUCAUGAGCUUGCCGCAUGGGCCGGCGGUCGAUAAAGUUCUGGAUGAACUUUUGCCGCUUCUCAGUCCCGGUGAUAUCGUCAUUGAUGGCGGAAACGAGUGGUGGGAGGAGACAGAGCGUCGUCAGGGAAAGUGCGUCAACCGCAAUGUUCAUUACGUCGGCACUGGUGUCUCUGGAGGCUACCAGUCUUCCCGUCACGGUCCGUCGAUCUCCCCUUCGGGCACUACCGAGGCGUAUGCCAAGGUGGAAGAGAAGCUCAAGAAAUGGGCCGCCAAGGACGGCAAGGGGAACCCUUGCGUGUGUUACGUCGGUCCGGGUGGUUCGGGACAUUACGUCAAGAUGAUUCACAACGGUAUCGAACAAGGUCACCUGUCGAUCCUUGCCGAGGCCCAUUACCUGCUGCACCAUACCGCUGGCUUGGAAAACAAGGCCGUCGCGGACCUCUUUGACGAGUGGAACGGCACCAACGCCAAGGGAGGCGAAGAUGACAAGGCUGGAGAAGGCCAGGAGGGGAAAGAGCUGUACGACAACUUUUUGCUCAAGAUUGGAGCCGAAAUCCUUCGAUUCAGGCAUGGAGACGGUUUGGACAUGAAGAAGGGCAUCGUUGACGGAAUCGAGGACAAGGUGACUCAGGAUGUCGACAACUCGGAAGGUACUGGUGUAUGGACUCUUAGGGAGAUCGCCGGGCGACACGUAGCGGCACCUACCAUCGCUGCCGCUCACCAACUUCGUAUCACGUCGGCUUUCCGUCGAACUCGUCUGAAGGCCCACGAGGCACUCGACCUUCCCUUACCAAAGAGGCUUGGUGACGACAAGUCCUUUGAUCAGAAGGAAUUCCUCAAGGACUUGAGGCUAGCCGUUUACGCUGGUAUCUUGGGAUCUUAUGUGCAGGGCAUGCAUAUCAUUGCCCAAGCCUCCGAAGAUCAACACUGGAACAUCAACUAUGCCAACGUCAUCGGGAUCUGGAGGGCCGGCUGUAUCAUCCAGAGCGACGGUAUCUCUGACAUCCUGCAGCCGAUCUAUACCGAGAACCCGAAACUCAAGAACCUGUUGGAGAACCCCAAGAUCGCUCAGGAAUUGCGAAAGUCGUACGACGCUUUGAAGCGAGUCUGCAAGAUCAGUCUCGAGAGCGACUCGAUCACGCCCGCGCUCGAUGCCACCUUGUCCUGGUUGAAGCAAGCCGGGUGUGACUCGUUGCCUACCAACUUUGAGGAAGCCGAGCUUGAUUAUUUCGGCGACCAUCAGUACGACACCAAAGACGAAGCCGCCUUGGAUCCCAAGAAGGGGAAACACCACACCGAAUGGAAGUCGACUUGAGAGGUCGCGCCGAAUGAAGUGGCCGGAAGAGAACAUGAUUGUAUCCUACGAGUAUCAGACGUACUGUAUACGAAUUAUAGAAAGUCCAUUACCGAUAACCGACGGCAUGUGGAAUCCGAUAA